AUGCUGGGCGCGGGGCGCGCGUCGGCGCAGGCGCGCAGGGCCCUCGUCGAGAAGCGAGGGCAGUGCAACUGCCGCAACUCGCGCUGCCUCAAGCUCUACUGCGAGUGCUUUGCGUCGGGCCAGUAUUGUUUCGGCUGCAAUUGCCAGGGCUGCCACAACAACCCGGAGAACAACGAGAAGCGCGCCAGAGCAAUCGAUGCGACGCUUGAGCGCAACCCAACCGCGUUCCGGCCAAAGAUUGCUCACGACUCGACCUUGGGCAAGGACACGACCCGGCACAGCAAGGGGUGCCACUGCAAGAAGUCGGGCUGCCUCAAAAAGUACUGCGAGUGCUUCCAGGCCGGCGUCCCACGCGCCCCUGACCGCAUGUUCCUCGAGCGAGCGGGCAAGAUUCCCAUGCCAGCUCCGAAGAAGCUCAAGCUCGCGGCCGAGCGAGUCCGCGCCGCCAUCGCAUCGCACGAGUGGGCGAGCGAGGCGUGCUCCGAGAUGCUGCGCGCGAGCCAGCUGGCCGGCUCGGCCAGCGGCGAGGCCGGGCCGUCCUCCUCGAGCGCGCCGCUGCUCGAGGAAGAGCAGGAGCGGGCCGUCCUCCACGUGCUCGACGCAGCCGAGGCAGCCAAACCGCCGAAGGCCGAGGCCAGCGGCAGCGGUGCCAGCGAGAUCCAUUCUUAA